GCUGUCUCCUCAAUGAAGCGUUCUUCGGACCCUGUCAGUACCGAGCUGAUCUCACCGGAGAAGAAAGCACGAGAAGAAGCAGCUGUUGACAGCAAUGCAGUACCUGAUCCCAUCGGCGCCUUAUUUGUGGAAGAUGGAGAAGGUGCGGUAGAGACGGAUGCCGACGAAGGCUCCUCUCAAUGCCAGAGGGAUCCAGCAGCGCCUUCACAACCGUCCCCUCCCGAUGACCACACGGUGACAGCACACGAAGAGAUUUCGGCGUGUCACUUCUUCGCACGAGGUAUGUGCCGUAACGGCACCUCCUGCCCGUUCCGACAUGAUCCUAAGAGCAUUAUAUGUACGUACUACCUUCACGGUAAUUGCCGUAAUGGAAUCUCAUGCCGCUUCUCCCACGAGUUGCCCGACACACAGCAGCCUGCCGUUGAAGAGGGCGUCGAUGGACCGCCACCUGAUGUCUGCAAGUUCUUCUGGCACGGUAGUUGCCGGGCAGGAAGUAGCUGUCGAUGGCGGCAUGUGAAGGCUCCUUCUCGGCUAUCGGCGGCACCUCCUCCCAAUCUGCCAGCGAAAUCGAAUCCAUUGGUCUCCGAGCGAGCCAAGGCUUUGCUGGAACGGCACUCGAUCUCUCGGAUAGCACAAGAGAGUGGGGCCUCUGAGAUAGUGGUGAAGGCUCGUGCUCCUGCUACUAAGUCCCAACGAUAACGUUAUUGUGGAUAUCA